AUGUCCAGCGUUGAGUGUGGGCUUUUGGAAUUGCGAGUUACCAUGAAUGGUCUUGGUCGUCAUGAUAAACUCAAACUGCCGCUCAUUCUGCUCAUUCCAUUCCAAUCCGCCUACUCCUCUGUUGUCGCAUGUUACUGGGAAAAGUUUUUCAUCGGCGUCACAGAAGGCGUUGAAUGGGUGACGUCGUCUCGUCUCGGCCAGUCCGUGACGUCGUACCUUGCCCUUUUUGCUUGCAUGAUCAAGUCUUCAUUUAAGGACUCAGAUGAAAGUGAAAGUGCAUUGUAG